CGCUUUCUUCAGAAACUACCAGAAGAAAUGAGAGGCAAGAAAGAAAGGCCAUUCAUUUUGGAAAGACCCAAACGACACUGCAGUUAUAAAGGAAAGUAACACCAGCUGCAAAAACUGCCACCACCACCAGAACCCAUGAGGUGCUUCAAAUUCAAACGGUUGGCGGCGCCCGGGAGCGCGGCCGGCGCAGCCCGCAGGAGGUGAGCGGCCGCUCUGCGCUCUGCCGCAGGCUUGCCAUGCACUGAAGGAGACGCGCUGCGGGUGACCUUCGCUUUCAAAGAUGUCUGCUUGUAGCACCUUCACUGAGCACGUGUGGAAACCCGGCGAGUGCAAGAAUUGCUUUAAACCUAAGAGCUUGCACCAGCUCCCCGCGGACCCGGAGCCGGGCCCGGGCGCCCAUGGCGGCGUGAAGACCAACGCCAACCACAGCAACAACCACCGCGUCCGGGCCGCGGGCAGCUUCCGGCCCCCCGUGGCCAAGAAGCCCACGAUCGCCGUGAAGCCCACUAUGAUGGUGGCCGACGGGCCGAGCACGGGCGGCGAGCCGGGCACCCCGGAGUCCGGCGAGAGCAAACCCGUGGCGCCAGGGUGGAACCGGAACCGGGCGGCCGCGGGUUCGAAGCCGCUCACCACCACCAAUAACAACAACGGGGAGCCCGAGGCGCUCAGCCUGGCCCCCAAGUUGUACGAGCCCGCCAAGAAGGGGCCCGGCAACAACAACAACAACGAGGACCACGGGCUGGCGGACGUGCUGAAGGAGGUGGCGGGCCUGGGCCUGGACGGCGAGGCCAGCGCCCGGGAGAGCUUCCUCGGGAGGAUCAACGACCGCUACCGGCGCUCGCUGGAGAGGGCGCUGCCGCCCAGCUGCCUGCUGGGGGGCCGCUUCUGCUACCCCGAGCCGUCCAGCGGGGAGGAGAGCGACGAGGACGCGCGCCCGGGCCGCCCCGAGGAGGCCGACGAGAGCUGGGGCGAGAGCGACGAGGAGCUGCUGGCCAUGGAGAUCCGCAUGCGCGGCCAGCCGCGCUUCGCCAACUUCAGGGCCCACACGCUGUCGCCCGUGCGGCUCUGCGUGGGCAAGAAGUGGAACACGGUGCCCCUGCGGCACAAGUCCCUGCAGCGCGUCUGCGCCGUGGACUACGACGACAGCUACGACGAGAUCCUGAACGGCUACGAGGACAGCUCCGGGGCCUCCUCCGGCCAGGGCAGCGUGCAGAGCAUGGGCUCGUCCAGCUCCACCUCGCCCGAGUCCUCCCUCACCGGGGAGUCGCGCCCCGAGACGGCCAGCAGCGCGUCCCCGAGGCUGUGCAACGGGGAGCCGGUCCCCGAGCGGCCGGGGCCGGGCAGGGACGGCACGGAGGCCGAGCCCGGCCCUGCCGGCCCCGCUGGCCAGGAGAAGGACGCGUCCCGGGCUUCCAAGGGCUCCGCCAAAGCUCCGGAGACUCACAAAGCCGUCCUGGCGCUCCGGCUGGAAGAGAAGGACGGAAAGAUUGCCGUGCAGACGGACAAGCAAGAAAGUAAAGUCUCCAAAGAGAUCGCCGGGCAGGCGGUGACCAUCAGCCUGGUUCCGGUGGAGGAGCAGGCGAAGCCGUACCGCGUGGUGAACCUGGAGCAGCCGCUGUGCAAGCCGUACACGGUGGUGGACGUGUCGGCGGCCAUGGCGGGCGAGCGCCUGGACGGCCCCGCGGGCAGCGCCCGGGCCGCCGGCCCCGCCUCCACCCCCAGCUCCCCGGUCACGUCGCCCACGCUGACCCCGGGGCCGGUCAGCGCGCGUUUCCCAAAAUCCAGCGCGAUCCGGUACCAGGAGGUGUGGACCUCCAGCACCAGUCCCCGGCAGAAGAUCCCGAAGGCCGGGCUGGCGCCGGGCGGGCCCGGGCCCGACGCGCCCCCGAGGAAGAGCUGCCACAAGUCGGCGCCCACCUCACCCACCGCCACCAACGUCGCCUCCAAAACCAUCCCGGUCAAGUCGCCCAACCUGUCCGAAAUAAAAUUCAAUAGCUACAACAACGCGGGGAUGCCGCCCUUCCCGAUCAUCAUUCACGACGAGCCGAGCUACGCGCGGAGCUCCAAAAACGCCAUCAAAGUCCCCAUCGUCAUUAACCCCAGCGCCUACGACAACCUGGCCGUCUACAGGAGCUUCCUGGGGACCAGCGCCGAGCUGUCGGUGAAGGAGAAAACCACGAGCGUGAUAAGCCACACCUACGAAGAGAUCGAAACCGGGAGCAAAGCCUCGGAGGCGGCCGCGGGCCGAGCCGCCGACGGCGCCCAGGAGAAGGGGGCUUCCGGCGGCGCGGGGCGCCCGCGGGGCGCCGUGGCGCAGAAAGUUCUGGAGUUUAACAGCUGCCUCAGCAGAGGCCAGUCGUCCCCGCAGAGGAGCUACAGCUCCAGCCACAGCUCCCCGGCCAAGAUCCCGAGGCCCCCGCCCGAGCUCGCGGCCAAAACCGAGGCCGCCCCCGAGUGUCAGCCGGCCGCGGCCAGGGAGCAGGCGAGCGCCGCGCCCUCCCCGACGGCGGCUGCCGUCCAGCCGCCCCAGGGCCCCCCCGAGGCCGCCCCACCGGGCCCCAAGACCUGCAGCGCCGAAGAGCUGUACGCCGUGCCCCCCGACGCCGAGCCCGCACCCGCCAGGCCCAAGUCUCUCUUUACGCCUCCGCCCGGCGGAGAGGCCGAGGCCCCUCCGGCCGCAGACAGCCCACCCGCCAGAGCGCAGAAGGAGCCCCUGGCGAAGCCGGCCGCGUCCCCCCGCGCCGCGCUGCGGGCCAGCCCCCCGGGCGCGCCCUCGCCGCCCUUCCCGCCGCCGCGCUCCACCUCCUCCCCCUACCACGCCGGCAGCCUGCUGCAGCGCCACUUCACCAACUGGACCAGGCCCUCCGGCCCCGCCCGGGCCACCGAGGCCGAGGCCGUCCUGCACCCGGAGAGCAGCCGGCGGGCGGCGGACGCCAAGCCCAAACGCUGGAUAUCUUUUAAAAGCUUCUUCCGCCGUCGGAAAACGGACGAGGAGGACGACAGAGAGAAAGAGCGCGAGAAAGGGAAGCUGGUGGGCCUGGACGGCACGGUCAUCCACAUGCUGCCGCCGCCGCCCGUGCAGCGCCACCACUGGUUCACCGAGGCCCGCGGCCAGGCCAGCGAGAAGCCCGCCAUCGUCUUCAUGUACCGGUGUGACCCGGCCCAAGGCCAGCUCAGCGGGGACCAGGCGGCCACGGCCGCGAGGGGAAGAGCGGAGGAGGUAGAAGCCGGGGGACCCGAGAAGAAGAACGUCCAUUCGCCACCACAGAUCCCAGGAACAGGCCCCAGCCACGUGACCCAAGAAGUACCAGAGGGGUUUUCUCCUCAGGAUCCAAGAACUGUUAGUAGGAAGCAAAAUGGCACUUCCGUUACACCAGCACCGCCUGCCCCGGACCUGGAAAGGGAGGAGGAAAAAGAUGACACUUCAGAUCCCAUGGACCCGAACCCCUGUAGUGCAACAUACAGCAAUUUGGGACAAUCUAGAGCAGCCAUGAUCCCACCCAAGCACCCAAGGCAGCCCAAGGGGGCUUCAGAUGACGCCAUCACCUUUGGAGAGAAAGCAGAGCAAGAAGUCCUGAGCGCCUCCCAAGCCACGCCCCCCCCACUGCCAAAGAAGAUGAUCAUCAGAGCCAACACCGAGCCCCUCUCCAGAGACCUCCAGAGAGCCAUGGAGAGCAGCCUCUGUGUGGUGGCCAACCCUACCUAUGACAUUGAUCCCAGCUGGGAUGUCAGCAGCGCCGGCUCCUCCCUUAGCUGCGACCUCAAGGGUGGGGACGGGGGCUCCUGCAACUCUCUGGAGAGGCCUGUCCCUUCCACCGCAAACAGCAUCUGCAGCUUCACCGCCCUCAGUGCUAAGGACAGAUUCUCCAACAGCACAGAGUCCCUGUCCAGCCGCCGUGGCCCCUCCUGCAGACCGGCUCAGAACAUCCAGAAGCCACAGAGACAAGCCCUUUACCGUGGCCUUGAAAACCGGGACGAAGUAGUGGGGAAAAUCCGAAGCCUCCACACAGAUGCCUUGAAGAAACUGGCCAUGAAAUGUGAGGACCUCUUCAUGGCUGGCCAGAAAGACCAGCUCCAGUUUGGAGUAGACAGCUGGUCAGAUUUCAGACUGACGAGUGACAAGCCAUGCUGUGAGGCGGGCGACGCGGUGUACUACACUGCCUCCUAUGCAAAGGACCCGCUCAACACCUACGCAGUGAAGAUCUGCAGGAGCAAAGCCAAGGAGUCGCAGCAGUACUACCACAGCCUGGCGGUGCGCCAGAGCCUGGCCGUGCACUUCAACAUCCAGCAGGACUGCGGCCACUUCCUGGCCGAGGUGCCGGCGCGCCUGCUCCCGUGGGAGGACCCGGCCGAGCCGGCGGACCCGGCGGCCCGGGGCAGGAGCCACGUGGUGGUGAUCACGCGCGAGGUGCCGCAGCUCACCGUGGCCGACUUCGUGCGGGACUCGCUGGGCCGGCACGGCGCGUGCCCGGACGCGUACGAGCGCCAGGUGUGUCUGCUGCUGCUGCAGCUGUGCGCGGGCCUGGAGCACCUCAAGCCGCACCACGUCACGCACUGCGACCUGCGGCUGGAGAACCUGCUGCUGGUGCCCGCGGGCCCCGCCGCGCCCGGCCCCGCGCGGCUCCUCGUGAGCAACUUCUCGCAGGCCAAGCAGAAGAGCCACGCGCUGGACCCCGAGGCCCUGCGGGACCAGGCGCGCCUGGCCCCCGAGGUCCUGCCCGGCACCCAGUACCGCAAGUGCGACGAGUUCCAGACGGGCAUCCUGGUGUACGAGAUGCUGCACCUGCCCAACCCCUUCGCGCAGCACCCCGCGCUGCGCGCGCGCGACUACACGCCCGCGCCGCGCGCCGCGCUGCUCCAGAACUGGCUGGACGUCAAGCGGACGCUGCUCAUGAUCAAGUUCGCCGAGAAGUCGGUGGAGCCCGGCGGCGCCGUGGGCCUCGAGGACUGGCUGUGCGCGCAGUACCUGGCCUUCGCCACGGCCGACUCGCUGGGCGGCAUCGCGAAAAUCCUGCAGCAGCCGUGA